AGAGGCUUUUGCUCUCUCACUAGUCACUACUACUCUACACUGUACACACUCACCUUUCUUACUUUAGUUUGUGCUUUACUUACUAUCCGAGUAUAUCUUCUUCUUAACAUCCCUCCUCUCCUCUUGCUUCCUCUCCUUUCUGUUUACUCUUCCCUACCCUGCCUCCCAAAAAAGUUCAUUUCAUGAAAAAAUGGGGAAAAUAGUUGGCCUUUUCAUAUGCAUCUUGAUUGUAGCCAUGGACAUUGGUGCUGGAAUCCUUGCCUUCCAAGCAGAAGUUUCACAGAACAAGGUUAAGCACUUGAGGCUAUGGAUAUUUGAGUGCAGAGAUCCAAGCAAUGGUGCAUUCAAGCUAGGGCUGGCUGCAGCUGGGCUCCUUGUUCUAGCCCAUGUCAUUGCCAACUUGCUUAGUGGCUGCCUUUGCAUAUGCUCCCAAGACGAACUUCAGAGGGCUUCUCCUCACAAACAACUCUCUGUGGCUUGCUUCUUCUUCACUUGGAUCAUAUUGGCAAUUGGGUUGUCGAUGCUGGUGAUUGGGACAUUGUCAAACAACAAGUCAAGAGCUUCAUGUGGGUUCACACACCACCAUUUCUUCUCCAUUGGAGGGAUCUUGUGUUUUGUUCAUGGCCUCUUUUCUGUUGCUUACUACAUCUCUGCCAAUGCUGCUAGUGAUGAAAAGUAGCUAGAGACCCAGCCUUUGCUUGCUUGGUUUCCAUCAGCUUGUUAAGCCUAAAUUUGUGUUGUGUUUGUCCAACUUUCCCUUUUUUUGGUGUUAAUUUAUAUCCUUCGUUGCUACUUACUUCAUCUUCAUUGUCUCCACCGGUCUGCAACUCAAAACACUCAGCAGAGCUGGUCAAAGACAUACAUGAUACAUGUAGUUGAUGCCUCGCCUAAGAGAGAAACGAACUUCAAGAGAUUUAAACUACGUAAGCCGCAGAAAUGUUUUAUCAACCACUCUAUUAUGGCUCUCGUAUUGUAGCUCCACUGUUCCUUUCCUUAUCUACCUACUCAUCUAUAACCGCAUGGUUUUGAUCAUGGC